CUCUACGCGCUGCCAACAACAACAGCUGGUAGUUACACUUUGAGUUGUGCAUAAAACCCGGGGGAAUUGGUCUCUAGCUGUGGAAAUAGAUGGUUUCACUAGAUACUCCUCUCCCUACAUUUGAAGAACUCACAGUUCCAGAGCUGAAGGUGUCAGCUUGUCCACUAUUGGCGGCAGGCAUUCAUUUGGGGAAGUUCUGUGAUAAUGAAUCAAAGGAGUUUAUGCUCUGUCACUACGAAACACAUGAUCCAAGAGCAUGUUUAGAGCAAGGGAAAGCAGUCACUAGUUGUGCCCAGAGAUUUUUCAGACAAAUAAAAAAGCAUUGUAAUGAUGAAUUUCGUAACUACUACAUGUGUCUUCACAAGUUUGGAGGACCCUCUUACAGUUUAACAAGGUGCCGUUCAGCCCAAUACCCUUUUGAUGAUUGUAUAAAAACUCAUCUUAAUCAAGAACGUCCAGAAUUGAAUUAUUUUAAUCGUGUUCGUCUUCAUAAAACUGACCGACCGAGAUUUGAACCAGGACUAGCUCCAAUGCCGAAAAGAAUUCCAGACCUCCCGAAGUUUUUACCUGAAAAAGUUCAGAAUUUGGAGGACAGCUGAAAAGCGAGCGAAUUUGCAACUUAGUGCUAUCACAGAAGAGAGUACCGCACAUAUUUAUAUUUAAAUAAAGUAACAGCGCAGUCAUGUUAGUUUAGAAAUGGUUGACAUCUUAUCAAUUUGUUUGUUUAAUUUUACGAACAUAACAUAGCUAAUCGGAAUUUUUAUUUAUUACAAUGUUCAAGGUCUUCUG